AUGGGUGAAGGAAAAUUUACUUUUGUUGAAGGUUAUAAAAAUUCCAAAUCAGUAACAAUUUUACUCAAAGGUUGUAUUAUUCCUGGUGAUGGCGCUUUUGAAAUAGUUGCUCAUCAAGUACUUACUCAAUAUAAGAAACAAGUAAAAGAUCGUGCACGUUUAGGUGUUCAAGCAUUUGCUGAAUCAUUAUUAAUUAUUUCAAAGGCUAUUACUCAAAAUACUGGACAUAAUCAACAAGAAACAAUUGUUAAAUUUCAACAAGACUAUGCAACAUCAAAUUAUCAGUUGGCAUCGAUAUUACAACAGAAACCAAAUGAUGUUUUACUAAACGUAUAA